AUGACAGGAUCCACCUCACAAAGUGCGAACGUCCAGUCCCGCAAUGACGCAUUCGCAAAGCAUUUCGGGUGGUGGGAUCCACUAAGGCUCAAAGGCAGCGCUAUUUUUAAAGGAAAAGCAAAGAAAGAAGCGAAGGAAUUAACGCCUGAAAGAGAGGAGAGAAUCAUGUCAUCGUUCACCGACGAGUCGACUAGAGGAUACGGAGGCUCUUUUAGCAACUUCGAUGCUAAUUCGGUGACCGGUAACUCGUCAUCGAUCUUCGCUUCUCAGUCAUACGUCACCGGAGAUGACGAGUUAUUCUCCUCGCAGUCGAUGAGCGAUGGCGGCGGGUUCUCGUCGUUCUCCCCCGAGCAGGACGGGCCAAUCUUGCCUCCUCCGUCGGAGAUGGAGUCUGAGGAAGGUUCCGCUUUAAGAGAGUGGCGCAGGCAGAACGCGAUAAGGUUGGAAGAAAAGGAGAAGAAGGAGAAGGAGAUGUUGAAUCAAAUAAUAGAAGAAGCAGAGGAGUAUAUAAAAGAGUUUUAUAAGAAGAGACAGCUGACUGUUGAGAACAAUAAAGCUGCUAAUAGAGAGAAGGAGAAGUUGUUCUUGGCAAACCGGGAGAAGUUCCAUUCUGAAGCUGAACAGAAUUAUUGGAAGGCAAUUGCAGAACUCGUUCCUCGUGAGGUUCCAACAAUAGCGAAAAGGGGGAAGAAGGAUGAGAAGAAGAAGCCCACCAUUGUGGUGGUCCAGGGACCAAAACCUGGCAAGCCUACCGACCUAUCAAGGAUGCGUCAGAUACUCAUCAAGCUUAAACACAGUCCACCUUCCCACAUGAAGCCCAAACCACCACCUCCAGCAGAGCCUAAAAAGGAUUCCAAGAGCGGUCCUGCGACUGCUGCUUCUAGUACAGCUUCCACAAAGCCUGGCACCGCUGCUACUCCGGUGGCUGUAGCUGCUACUUGA